CCAACAAUCCUCGGCUAAACGCCACAUUCAGGAGAGUGGGUCGAGUGGCAUCUUGGUCUAGGCCGUAAGAGAAAGAGGGGUGGAGAUCAAGAUGAUGAGUCUUUGGAGGGCGGCCAUGGGAUCGGGAGCGGCGGAGGAAGCCGCCGACGGCGUGGAGUUCUGGGUGGAUCCCGAGCGAUCCGGAUGGCUGACCAAGCAAGGAGAGUACAUCAAAACGUGGCGCCGUCGAUGGUUUGUGCUGAAGCAAGGGAAGCUCUUCUGGUUCAAGGAUUCUUACGUGACGCGAUCGUCCGUCCCGCGGGGCGUAAUCCCCGUCAGCACCUGCCUCACGGUGAAAGGGGCGGAAGACGUGCUGAACCGCCAGUUCGCCUUCGAGCUUUCCACCAGGCAGGAGACCAUGUACUUCAUCGCCGAUUCUGAGAAGGAGAAGGAGGAGUGGAUCAACUCCAUCGGCCGCUCCAUCGUCCAACACUCACGCUCUGUUACCCAUGAGGAGGUCCUCGACUACGACAGCAAGAACCCCACGGUGCUCACUUCUACGCCAGAUCCUCAGCGCUAGAUUGCCAAAUUACCGUCCAUUAGGUGCGCCCGGCCACCUCCCUCUCCCUCCUGGAAUUCUAUAUGGAAAUAUUAGGGUUUCUCUUCGUCGAUUAUGAUUAUGUUCUUUAAUAUUACGACUGUGAUUAUCAAGCGUGGAUGUUUCCUACUUCUUUAUAUAUAGCUAUGGUUGUGUAUACUAUAUAGAGGUCUGUUCUCGUGCUGUGGUUUGUAUGCACAAAAAUCUAUUUCAUUCCAAGCUACUUGAUCCUUUUGCAUGCUGUAUAAAUCUUUGGUUCUUCAGAUA